ACAACCAGUUUAUGUUCUCAGCUCAGAGUAUCAACAACGUCCUAGGUACAAGAAAAAAAUGGCACAAAUGCUUCGCAAUCGCUUAUUCAACGAAUUCAUCAAAAGCAAUCUUGCUAAGAAAAGUAUAAACAACUGUGCACCCUUAACUCAACAAAGAUGUUUCUCUGCGUCUCCAAAGACUCAAGUCUCUCCUCAACAGCAACAGCAUGAUGAGGCGUCUCAGUCCUUCGGUAUGAACUUGUUUCGUGGCAAGAUUAGAGCCGAUCAAGUAUUUCCAUUCCCGAAGGUUAUGAACGAAGAUGAGGAGUCAACUUUAAGAAUGUUGGUUGGUCCCAGUGAAAAAUUCUUCACAGAAGUUAACGAUGCUUUGAAAAACGAUGAACUAGAAAAAAUACCUGAUGAUGUAUUAAAUGAGAUGAAAGAUUUGGGAGCUUUUGGUAUGCAAGUUCCCGCUGAUUACGGAGGUUUGGGUUUGACCAAUACCCAAUACGCCCGUAUGACUGAGAUUUGUGGAGCUAGCGAUCUUGGUGUAGGUAUCGCUUUAGGUGCUCAUCAGUCUAUUGGGUUUAAGGGAAUUUCCUUAUUCGGAACCCCAGAGCAAAAAGCUAAAUAUCUACCCGAUUUGGCUAGUGGAAAAAAGAUCGCUGCAUUUUGUCUAACUGAACCAUCUGCUGGAUCAGAUGCUUCCUCUAUUAGAUCAAGAGCCGUAUUAUCUGAUGAUAAAAAGUAUUACGUUCUAAAUGGUUCCAAAAUUUGGAUUUCCAACGGUGGAACAGCCGAAGUUUUUACAGUUUUUGCACAAACUCCAGUAACAAACAAAACAACUGGUAAAACAAAAGAUAAAGUCACUGCUUUCAUAGUGGAGCGAUCUUUCGGUGGAGUAACAAAUGGACCUCCAGAAAAAAAGAUGGGUAUCAAGGCGUCGAAUACUGCUGAAGUUUAUUUUGAAGAUGUUAAAAUUCCUGUUGAAAAUGUACUUGAUGGAGUUGGAAAAGGAUUCAAGGUUGCUAUGAAAAUUUUGAAUAACGGUCGAUUUGGAAUGGGUGCUGCUUUGACUGGAACAAUGAAAUUCUGUUUGAAGAAGGCCACUGAACAUGCAGCACAAAGAAAGCAAUUUGGUAGAGAGAUCUCAGGAUUUGGUGUUAUUCAAGAGAAGCUGACAAGAAUGGCUGUAUCUCUAUACGUCUCAGAGGCUAUGGCUUACAUGGUUGCGGCAAAUAUGGAUCAAGGUUUCCAAGAAUUUCAAAUCGAGGCUGCUAUUUCAAAAAUUUUUGCAUCCGAAAGCGCUUGGUAUUGCGCAGAUGAAGCUUUACAAAUACUUGGUGGUAUGGGAUAUAUGAGAGAAACUGGUAUUGAAAAAGUAAUGAGAGAUUUAAGAAUCUUUAGAAUUUUCGAGGGUACAAACGACAUCCUCCGCUUAUUCAUAGCCCUUACUGGAAUCCAAUACAGCGGAAUUCACCUUCGAAAAUUACAGAAAGCUCUCAAAAAUCCAACUAGCAAUGUUGGUUUGCUCUUUGACGCUGGAGCCCGUAGAGCAAGGAGAAUGGUUGGAUUAAGCGCCAGUGGAAAUUCGCUUAUCCCUUAUGUCGAUGUCUCUCUUACUGCAUCAGCCCAACAAGUUGGCAAGGCUAUCGAAGAUUUUGGAGCUGCUGUUGAGACUCUACUAAUGAAACAUGGUGAAGGUAUUAUCGAAGAACAAAUGGUACUAUCUAGAUUAGCUAAUGCAGCAAUCGACACGUACGCAAUGGUAUCAUCUCUUUCCAGAGCAUCAAAGUCUCUGGAAGAAAAUAGUGAAACAGCAGAACACGAAGCAGAAAUGGUAACCUUCUUCUGUAACGAAGCUGCGGAAAGAAUUGCUCUCAAUCUUGAAGCUACAUCAUCAUCGUCCUCCCGCAACAAUUACAAUAUGAUGACAAGUAUUGCGGACAAUAUCAUAAAAUCAGGUGGGCAUAAGGCCACACACCCUCUAGGCUUCUAA